AUGGCAUCUCCGUCGGAUCGUGGUAUUCGAUCUACUUCGUCAGAAACGACCGAUCUUCCCUCGAAGAAGCUUGCUCGACAGUUGGAUUUCACCAUCUGCACUACUCCAUCGGGGAACAAGGCCGCUUCGGAGCAGCUGUGGAGGCCGUCUCAGUCUCAUCAGAUGAUAACCCAGACGCAACCAUCUCUGGUUCAGCCACAACAGCAACAACACGUACCGCUGCUUUCGUUAGGAACAAUGUCAACGACUCCACCUGUGGUGACCGCCCUGGUUCCCAGAGUGACUCUCUGCCGAACAUCUCUUCCAUUGCCGGUGUGAGUGCCCAUCCCAUUCUCUUAAGUCUUCCGUAUUUUACAUUUUGCAGUGAUUUAGUUACCCCUAAUAGAUUGCUCGAUGGUUUUUUUUUCGCUUCGUUAUCAAUGUGAUGUUGUCUACUUGUUUUCUUUCACUGCUCUUUAACCACAUUUCAAAAAAAAUGUAUCGUUGCUUAUUAGAUGAUUACAGCUUUCUCAUCAGCUUUCUGUCGACGAACUUUUUCGUCAUGCGACCACACUGUCUGUCGAAGACCUUGCCUUGAGGAACAUUCUUGCAUUUUACGUCAUUUUUGGAGAAAUUUAUGCGCAAGAAAUGCAAGUUAAGAAGAAAAUACCCUUUGGAAGGUUUUUUUUUGCGUCCACAUGAGUGAUAGUGGCUUUGUAGAACUUGAAAAACAUCCUGUCAUUUUUUCCUAUUUCAGCUUGACUUUUGCAAAGGAAUGAUAGUUUUAUUAUAUGAGAGAACAGGGUGAAAUCUGAACUGAGUGAACUAUAUUCAUUUCAAAGUGUAUAGAACUACAAUGUGAUCAGAUUAGAAAAAACAGAAAAUGUGUGACGUCGCGGAAACUGAGAGAAAUCAAAUUAUGCUUUUCUAUAGAUGUUCCGCGAAAGACAUUUUAUUUAGAAAUUGAUUGAACUAUAUGUGUACCUGAUUCCAGUUGCAACAGUCCUCAUUUUAUUUAGAUAAUCCUCAUGCUGACAGAGCAUAGAUAUUCCUCAUUGUCUUCAUUAUCUCUGUCCUCAUGUUUAUUUCGAUUUUUUCAGUUUAGUUGCUUAAUUGGUCCUUGUCAAGCUAUUGUACUCUUCUGGAAGCUUUUUUCCCUAUGUAUUUGCACUAUUUGGAUUUUACCUUUAUGGUGGAAAAUCAAUUUUGUUUUGAACUAUCAGGAACGUUUCAUUCUUGUGAUGGUGAGCCGUGUAUAAUUACAUUUAGUCAUCGAAAUGCUACUUUCUGCGUUCGUCCAUCAUGUGAGUGAAAGCAUUUUUUUCCUGAUAUGUGAGGUGCAAAUUUUACAUGAGUUAUCUUGUGGGUAGAUUUUUAAUACAUCUUGGCAGAUAUUUGUGGUCAUAACAAAGGUUGUAAAAAAAUCAUUUUGCGUCCUAGACUUACUGCCCACACCAUCAUGCCUUUCUAGUCUAACUGUUCGUAUUCAUAUUCAUUGCUCUUCAGAAUACCUGUCUCCAAAACACGCUCAGGGAGUGAAUACGUUGCAAAAGAUGAGACUCCAAAACUGAAACAGUGCAGGUGUAAAAUCUCGAAAUGCUUGAAGUUGUAAGUGAACUGCAUAUUCAUAAAUAUGGAUGACACUUAACUCCUUGCUUUUAAUGUUACCUUCUGCUGGAUAGUUAAAGUGACUACUCAAACCAUACAUCAGUUUUUGCUUGUUGUAUUAAUGAUUAAUUGAUGGAUAUGAUUAGGCAUCUGAUGAAACCUUGCAUGGCAUCUUCAAGAGUUCUUGGCAAGUAUGCAUGGUGAGUUAGGUGUACGCCAAGUAGGCGAAAUUGUACAUGCGACAGGAAACCUGUAGUCUCUGCCAUCUGGUUAUGAUCAGAUACGUAGCCUAUGUACCUGGGUAAUUAUGAAACCAGAAAAAAGUCGCUUACAUGUUCAAAAAUCAUACAUACCUCCUUUGGGCUCUUGCACCCUUAUUUUAUGUUCCUCUUGAAUCUUUGAUUUGACGAGAUUUGACGUACUAAGAGGCCAAAAUAUUGAUAAACUGGCACGUAUUGUUCUUUGAAGAACAAACAAAACUGAACUGCGCAUAUCAUACACUUGUUCAAUGAAUUUAGAGCAUGUGCAAAUUGUAUCAGAGUGCCAUUAAUUAAUAAGUUAAUCAUUGUGACUCGUACUUCGCUAUUAUUAAGGUUUCUUUACUGCAUACGAUGUGAUUGACCAGCAUUAGAAGUACUUUAUAGUAUAUCGUGGAAAAACUUUUCUAAGUUCCAUAAUGUAUUUAAACGAAGCAUUGAAGAAAUGGAAAAUGAUGAUUCAUUUUUUUCAAGAAAGUAUGUUCAGUGUGGGAUCCUUGUAAUGUUUUUCCUUGGGACAUCAAAAGAAAACUCUGUAAAGUUCAUAUAGUGUUAGUCUGCUUUCUCGGCAUUAAACUGAAUCUCUUAUUAUUUCCUCGGGUGAAGUAGACCAUGGUAAUUAAUUUUGAUUGUGGAAGGGGAGGUCCUAUUCGUGUUAUUUUUUAUGGAAAAAAGCCUCUAUUCGAUCUAUUAUGGCUAAAUUGCCCAGAAAUCUGUCAAUUGUGGAGUGAUCGCCAGAUUUUAUGCCCGAUCUGUGCUGAUCUCACAUGUACUGAUUGAUCAAACUGGCUGAUCUGAUUAAAAUAAUGGUCUAACUUCAGAGUCCGAUCUUAUCUGGACCCACCACAGGAGUCCAAUCCUCCUCUUUUUUGGCAAAAAUCUUGGGCAGGGAAUUUCGAAAAAGAAAGAGCAUUGAAAUGGGGCUAAAAGACCAGUUUGAAAUCAAUUCAGAUUUACUACAUAGGCAAUUUAAAGUUUUUUUCUCUUCGUUUUCUCUUGUUUUACAGAAAAUGUCUACAGGUUUAUUUCGCUCAUUCAAAAUCAUGGACGAGAGGAUGUAGAAACCAGAGAUUUUUUAACUUUGAGAUUCCUAUUGCCACAACGACCUCAUCUACUAGGAUGGCAUUGCCAGAUUUUUUAACUUGGUGUAUGUUUUCCGUCUAUCUCCUUCAUUUACCAGUAAUAAUCCCCAAAUCUGAACCACAGAUCCUCACAUGGUAUAUCUAGCAGGACUCUUUGCAAUUCAGCUGUCUUUUUCUGUAUGCAUUGCUGUUUCAUUAAGUCCCACGCCCUCCAAGUUGGCGGGUCUGGUUGGAAUAGAUUAUGUCAGAGAAGUGCUCUAAAGGAAGGUCCAUCCUUCGUUUAUCCACAUAUAGACAACUGAUGUACGUCAUAAAUCUGUUUUUCAUUCUCUCCACGAUCUUGAGGUAUGCUAUGCGGUAAACAUGGAACAUUGAGGUAAUCGUGCUCAAUCUGUAAACGCAGCAAACAGAGUUCAGUUUACAUGGGCUCUUCCUUUUUUCACCCUCAUACAGACUUGAUAUAUCAUCCAAUCUAUGGUUCCGUAGGAACGCCACCAUUCCUUUCUAUUUUAUUGAGGAAGAGCAUCGAAACCUUUAGCUUGGGCUCUUUCUGUAUGUAUGUAGUUAUUAACCUAGACCACUAUUGCCUGAUUGAUAGCUGCCAGAUCUGUCGGCCUAAUCACCUUUUAUCAUGUAAUCUAUACCUGUCAAGAUCCACAGCUAAUUACACUGAACCAAAGUCUGAAGUUUUACCUAGUUAGCAUCCGCGUCCGUUAAUCAAAUCCAUUGAGCUGUUAUGUGGACCCCUAAUAAUCGCCUUGACAUAGAGUCAGUUUGUCUGUUGAGGGUUUGCCUAGUCCUGUGCUAUAAAAGGCAUGAUUUUGGCAGCUGUCACCUGGUGUCAGCGUUUUGUUUUUCAUUCAAAGUCAAUAGUGGAUUCUGCAUUGACAGUUGGCACCCUUAUCAUCAAGGCUGAAGGACGGUAAAUCUUUUGUGUCAGUUUCCCUUCUCAUUUAUCUUCUCUCCUGUUUUGCACGUUAUUCUGCUUGGCAAAAUCCUAGAAUGUCCCAUAGCUGGGCACCUUCCAAUUCAUCAAGCAUACAUGAUCUUAACUGAUUACCUGUAGUCUAGGAUUAGAAGCUGAUGGCCCAACUUGAUAACAUGAUGCUUGCUGCGUUAUUCUGGUCCCCAGGACACUCGAGCUUGAAGGAUAAGAAAUUUUAAUCUGACAUGCUUACACAUUUUGGAUACCAACAUAUAAUUCAAGCCCAAGUUGAAAGUAAAUAAGAAGGAACAGAUCCUCUAGAAUCAAGAUUCCUGCAUCAAAUCUGUGCCAUAGUCAGUAUCACUUGUGCCAUAGAGAUUUGUUUUGAACUAGUGUGAUGCAGCACUGGACAUAUGCUGCUUUGUAACUUAAGAUGGAUGGUUAUAUAAAGUAGCUGAUUUAGUCAUAGAGUCAAUAGGUUUAAGAUCAUGGGUAAAUGGAAGAGAGCAGGAGUGGUUUCCUUUUGGAUGGAUGUAUUUUGUGACUGGAGUAGUAUGUAAACUGCCAUAAGAAACUAGUGGAGAUUUAAUUUACACAUGCAAAGAAGGAUAACCUCUUUGGAGUUAUGAAAUCAGACCUUGCAUCUAUCAGCCUAUUGACUUAUAUCGAUCCACCGUCUUUGGGAAUUGGGAAAUCCUAAUUCCAACAAAUCACGAGCAAUGAUAAGAGGAAUCCUUCUUUGUGGCACUCGUUAGAUUUAUAGUUGUUCACUCUAAACAUGAGAGGUACAUCCACUUGCCACCAGAAGAUUGCACAGUAUGUCGUCUCAGUAUGACUCCAGAAAUAUCUUGUAGCACUUCGAUUUGGGCAGACCUUAAUAUUGUAGAAAGUCAGAAAUACCCAUCAGUAAAGUACAAUCACCAAGUGAAAUAACCUGAGCAAUUACUAGGCUACAUAUAACUCAACAAUCUCAACUUUUCUUUUUGUUCAACAAGUUGAGUUACACUAAUCCAUCUGAAACUUUGAACACAACGUUCACUGGAAUUUUAUGGAAUAAAGAAGAACAGGGGAGGAUAGAGAGGGAAAGGAGUAAUGACAUAGGAGUUUGGCAGCUCUGCUGACACUAGUACAGCUUCUCUAUGGCAUCUACCACUUCUGGCUGCUGACAACGUUCCCAGUGACGUCACUUUUACCCCCUAGUUUAUUCACAGUGAGCAUCCCUAUGCAUGCUCCCAUGUAUAGGGACGCUUGUGUUUCAAUAAUUUUUGGAAUGCAUUUCAUCACCUUGCUUAUAUUUUUCCUUGAUGCAGCUAAUGUCUAUGAUGCUUAUACAGGUACUGCGAGUGUUUUGCAACCGGAGUCUACUGUGAUAGAUGCAAGUGUAAAAAUUGUUUUAAUAAUGUUGAGAAUAAAGCUGCAAGAGACGAGGCUGUCGAAGCAAUCCUAGAGCGUUCUCCUGGGAUUCUUAGACCAAUAACCGCUAGCAGUUCACAUGCUCUUGUAGACAGUAGGGUAUGUAUCUGGUUGUUAAAAUUGGUUUGCAUAGCAAUGUGCGCAUUCAACCCCCACAUGCUCCCAUGUUUUUAUGCUCUGUCUCACUAGCUGUUAGUGGGAAAUUAUCUUAUUGCAAGUACGAAUGAUGCACCCUUGGAUUUCACAACAUUGGGACUGUUUUUAUUAUAGAAAAUCUAGUUAAUGAUUAAUUUGAGCUCCAAUCUGUCCAUUUUUCAGUUAAUUUGAUAAAACGGAAACUACAGUUGUUUACACAAUCUGUAAGUUAUAUCUAUUUUAUCCCAGUGUUGAACAGAAUAAUAUAUAUAAAUUUAAAAGGUUGUUCUGCAGUUCUAUGUUAUGAAGUUCAUGCAACCAAGGCUGGAUACUUAUACUUUCCCCAUUGUCAUAUUUGUUAUUUACGGUUGUCUUUCAAAUUAUAUGUGACCAAUUAUUCGUAGCUUUGAUAGAAGCUUCACCUAAAAUAUCGUGUAUACCUGGCCAAUUUCCUUUCUCGAAAGCAGCCAGUUAGUGUCGAACCCUAUGCUUCAUGUAAAUAUACUAUCAUAAAACAGUGAAAUCCUUGUCAAAGCAAGUUUACUCAUCAUGAUGUGGAAGACAACGAAAUGAACACAAAAUACACCCUUGCGAUAGAAUGGUACUGUAAUCGGUCAGAUUGGCGACAUAUUUCUAGCGCAUUAUUUUUCUGUCGUCUAUUGGGGUCUGUCCAAACUCCCUUUGUCAGGCCCCCAUCUAUUGGGUGAGCUAUUCAUUCGCUUCUGUUGUAAAUUUAUCUUCAAUCCUCAAGAAAAUGUGCUAGUUGUCAGCAGUCCACCUCUUUGAUGCAAGUUUUGUUAUUCUUUGUCUAGCCUAAAAGGGAGCCAUAUUAUCCCUCUGCAGAAGAAAACAGUAGAGUGAACUUUAUCCACAUCUGAUAUCAUGCUACCAUAAAAAAUGAUUUGAUUCUAUUUGCGAACCAAUAAAUGUUCUCUUUCACAGAAAAAAUUGAAGUUUUUGACUUUGAGGAAGAGCUUGGGAAUCGUGGCACCUUGUUUAUAUCGUGGCACCUAGUUUAUUUUUUUCUGUGGCUUCUGAAUUGAUGCUUGGAAUCUGUUAGACCGCCGAUCCAUAUUACAUAUUCCAGGAGCGGUAAUGGGAUAAAAACCCCCUCAUUUCAAGGUUUAAUCUGUAAUUCCCGGAGAGAGGCCCUGUGGGAAGAAGUAGGAGUGGUAUAAAGAAGAGUGAGGAGGGAAAGGGUGGAGGUGGUUUUCAGGAGCUUGGAAGAGCGGUAACCCUCUCUAACGGUUACCACACUUGUUUUGGAUCCCAUCCGGGCUCCGGUUUCUUGAUCUACUUCUUGUUUCAUUUGCUUACUGAAAUUCCAUCAGAUCUACUUCUUGUUCCUCUCUCGGUAUUGGAUUCCUAUCAAAAUCAUAUAGCAUAGGCAUUUUCGUGGAACUUCCAAAUGAUAUAAUCUUUUAGUCGUCGUCCUGUCAUUUCAUGAAUAGAAAAUGGAUAAGCACUAAUGGUACAUUGAACACGGCCAUUUGAUGCCAAUGCUUCAAGUCGUGGCCUUAAUGUGAUAAAGCCUACUGUCGUAUUAUGAAUUCUCCAGAAUAUUUAUGCCUGUCAUAACAUUGGUCUCUUUUGACGUGUUAGGAGGAGCCUGAACUCCCUCGGUUGGUAAAACGCCUCAGAGGAUGCCACUGCAAGAAGUCAGGUUGUCUAAAGAAGUACUGUGAGUGCUUUCAGGCGAACAUUCCCUGUUCUGAAUAUUGUAAAUGCUUGGAAUGCAUGAAUAAUGAAGCGAGUGGAGAGAGACAGGCGUUUUUUCAUGGUGAAAAGGGCGGUCACAGUGCAUGCAUCCGACACGUACCCAAUUCUACAAUUACUGGGGCUAUUAGAUCCUCCGGAUGUGCCUCUCCUCCAGCAUCGAAAAGGAAAAAAUCCGAGGAAGCCUUGUUUAGCUCAGAAAUCAAGGAUUCAUCUGUUCAUGGGCUGGAACAAUCCCCUCUGGUAUUUUGUGGUCAUAGUUAUCUCGUAAACAUGUCAUAAACUCACUUGCUAAUGGAAAAUUUGUAAGGUUAAGCUGUGAAAUAAUUUAUCAUAUGUACUUCUGCUAUUAUUUUAUGGCCUCAGUUUUCUGCUUCCUAAGAUUAUGUAUGGCAUCUCAUGAAAGAUAGAUGUUUGCUAGCUUAUGCGACCUUCUUUUAUUUGUCUCCUUUGAGCACGAACGAUGAUUCAAUCUUUCUGAAUAUCAAUUAUUUAUUUAUGAUUUAUCGUCUAAUUUUUAAUCUAUCAGGCAAAUGAUUUGAAGAAAACCCCUGCUUCAUUAGGUGACAUGUCUAGAGCCGUCAGUUCUGCCAGUCUAGGGCCUACUAAGGUGACUUACAGGUAAUGGUCUAUCAUCUAGGGCAUAAAUCUUCUGUGAAAUAACCCCGCGCCUUCGAUUUUCUUUUUUACUUUCUUAUUCCCCAUUCUGCAGGUCGCUUCUAGCAGACGUCAUAAAAGCGGAGGAUGUGAAACAACUCUGCAAGCUUUUGUUGGCUGUCUCGGGGGAAGCUGCCAUAGCCCUUGCUGGUAAGAUUGACGAUGAAAACCUUGGGAACAUUUUAGUGCUGCUCUUGCUCAAAGUGAAAGAACAAGUCUAUUCAAGUACCACCGCAGAGGAGUAGCAGACUGAUGAAUGUGUAUCGCCCGUUUUUAUUCGUUUAGUUUAUCCAUUACGUUCUUCUCCCGUUUGAGAUUUCUUCACUGAUGAAUCAUAGAGUUUUCUUCACUAUGGAACUCGUUCUUAUUAUUUUUCUAGGGAUUAGGCAUUUCUCACCUUUCCUUUAAAUUCUAUGUAUUUACCUCUUCCAUUGUUGAAUUUUUUAUACUCUUUAAUAUAUAUUCGACGUUUCAAAAACUGACCUAGGUCUUUAAUUCUCUACGGAUCCUUUGCCAUGGAACUCCCGACCUGAAACUCAGAUAAAAUAUCGCCACGUUGUGUAUCAUCCUAACAGGUUCUUAAAGCAUUUUAUGAAAGAUCUCUUUCAUAUAUGAUACCAUGAAGAUUAACUGUCCUUAUCUCUAUUCACACUGGGUAGCUUACUAUUUCUCUGAAAUUUCUACCUAAAUGAUGUGUAAACUUGAAGAGAAGAAGGCUUCAGAGGAGAAAACCACAGAAACCAGAGAUCACCAUCCUACACCCUCCCUUGCUUCAUCAGGCCCGAACGACCACGUAAGGUCAGGCGAUCGUUCCAGCGGUUCACAUGCAGAUAAUAUGGUCCCAGAAGUGUCCGGGUCGGACGGUGCUGAAGUACAACACAGAGGUGGAAGGGCCAUGUCUCCUGCAACACUUGCCCUGAUGUGCGAUGAGCGAGAUGCUCUUUUCAUGGCGUCGGCUCCCCAGAAUACUGCUGGUCCAGCUUCAGGUGUCUCAUCAAGACAGAGCACAUCGGAAGUUUAUCUGGAGCAGGAGAGAUGCGUCUUGUCAGAAUUCCGAGACUGCCUGCGAGAUCUUGCCAUGUUUGGGAGACUAAAAGGUAAGUCUUCGGUGAUUUGGUUCAGUCAAUCUUCUUCUCCACUGUUCUGAAAAGCUAUGGUUAAUCCAUCCUGAAGCAACAUUAGUUUCCCUGAGCCCAUUUAGUAUAUAUAUAUAUAUAUAUCAUGAACCAUGAUCUAUGAUCUCAAUAAUCUCCUGUUUUUGGGAAGCUCCCGACUGAUCUGUGUGCUAGAAUGGUGAUCCUAACCCAGCUCUUUCGCCGGAUGUCAGAAGCCAGGUACUCUUCCAUGGCCACCGAGCCCGACCCACCAUCAGACCACGGCCCAGCCAUCAACAGCAUCCUCAGAACCCCAGAUCCCAGCAGAGAAGAAUCAUUCCAGGCUGCGAGUGCCCCCAAUCCCUCCUCUGCAGCCAAAGAUUGCAGAGAAUAA